AUGUCUGCAGUCGUCCACGUGAACAUCCUCAGAGGUCUCUUCUCAAUUUUCUUCAAUUACCCGACUGUGAUGAUAUUAGAUGAGCCUCGAGGACCUGGUAUCAUGCGACGAGAACGUCACCGCCCUUAUGUGGCCUCGUCUCUGUCCGUGUGGUUCCUCGAUUGGUGA